ACCAUUACAUCUCCCGAGGGCUGGCUAGCCAGGCGCCUUUGUCUCAAGAGGACCCAGCAGUAACUCCAUCUCCAGGACGUGAUACAACCCCAAUUUACCGCUCGUGUUUAGAAUUCCAGCUAAAUUCCAGAUGGAAAGUGUCGGGGUCUCGGAUACUGUAAGCUCAUUGAUCGCCACCCAUCUCCCAUUAUCCACUCUACAGUACCUACAGUAGUAUCAACCCAAACAAACGAGCCUGUGCCUGACUGCCUGCCAAUCCUAUCCCAUGCAGAGAGAUUGAGCUCGAAAGGUAAUUUAGCUGAGUGGCCAUUGAUCAUCAUAUAAUUGGGAUAAAUGAGAGCUUUCUCAACUUUCUUUCUCCGCUGCUCUCCUUUCUCCCCACCUUCAUCCCUCUUCUUUUUUCUGCUCUUCCCCUCCUUGCGGGAUUUUCAAUUCAUUCAAUUGAAUCACAGGCUCGUCUUCACGAUGUUUGUCAAGCUGUCGGCUGUUUUGAGCUUCGCUGCUCUCUGCUGCGCUGCUCCUUCUCCAAUCAAGCAUGUUCUUCACGAGGAGAGAGCUGUGGAGAGGAGAGAUUGGAUCAAAGGUUCUCGUCUCGAGAAGAGUGCCGUUGUGCCAAUGAAGAUUGGCCUCACUCAGACCAACUUGGACUUGGGCUACGACUACCUCAUGGACGUCUCGAGCUCCGACUCCGAGAACUAUGGCAAGCAUUGGACCCCAGAACAGGUUCACAAUGCUUUCGCUCCCAAGGAGGAGACAGUCACGAGUAUUACUCAAUGGCUUACGGAUUCCGGCAUCGAUGGCUCCAGAAUCAUCUCCUACGAGAACAAGGGGUGGAUCUCAGUUGAUGUGACUGUGGAGGAGAUUGAGGCGCUGCUGCUUGCCGAGUUCCACGAGCACGAGCACAGCCAGACUUCAAAGAUACGGGUGGGCACAGACAAGUACCAUGUCCCAGAGCAUUUGGCUACUCACAUCGACUACAUCACUCCUGGAAUCAAGCUCUCGCCUGUCACCAAGCGAACUAUUACCAGAAAGACCAAGCGAGUCAGCCACUCCAUUCCUGCACUAGCUGAUGUGAGCCUACCAGAAAACGAGGAGAGCGUAGAUAUCUCUGCUUCAGCUGCUGCUCUACCACAUGCUCUGCAAAAGUGCCGCACGGAUAUGACUCCAGACUGUAUCAGAGCCCUCUACAGCAUUCCCACCAAUCCUGUUAAUGUCGGGGAUAACUCUUUGGGUCUCUACAUGCAAGGAAGUUACUUUUCAAAGUCGGAUGUCAAUCGCUUCUAUGCGAAGUACGCAAAAUAUGUUCCACAGAACACCUUCCCCAUCAACGCUACGAUCGAUGGAGCAUCAUACUCGGUACCUGCUGCCAGCGAGUUGAAUAGGGGAGAAGCCAAUAUUGAUAUUGAGAUGGCAACCUCUCUGAUCUAUCCCCAAACCGUCACUCUUUACCAGACAGACGACGAUGUGUACGAGCCACAAGAAGUGGCAACAACCAACCUUUUCAACACAUUCUUGGAUGCUCUCGAUGGUUCAUACUGCAGCUACAGCUCUGAUGGGUUGACUGGCGACUCUCCAACGAUUGAUCCAGUCUACCCACACAACGUUCCAGGUGGCUACAAGGGACAGAGACAGUGUGGUGUUUACAAGCCGGCCAAGGUCAUCUCAGCAUCCUACAGUGAAGCUGAAGCCGAUCUACCAGCUCCAUAUGUCCGCCGUCAGUGCAACGAGUUCAUGAAGCUCGGCCUUCAAGGUGUCUCCAUUAUCUUGGCAUCUGGAGACUUUGGUGUUGCCUCGGUCCCAGGAGAUGGAUCUGCAUCAGGAUGUCUCGGCCCUAAGCAACAGGUCUUCAACCCACAAUAUCCUUCUGGAUGCCCAUACGUGACUUCGGUUGGAGCAACUCAGCUCGCACCCCAUGGCUCUGUUCACGAUCCCGAAGUUGUCAUGCAAGACGAUCUAGGAGGAAAUGUUCCCGACUUCUCCUCGGCUGGAGGUUUCUCCAACUAUUUCCCCCGCCCCACCUACCAAGAUGGACAUGUUCAAACAUACUUCCACCGUGCUCAUCUCACCUACCCAUACUACUCCGAACUGAACGUCAACGUCAACAAAACAGCUGGAAUCUACAACCGAAUCGGCCGCGCAUUCCCCGACGUAUCUGCCAACGGAGCUCGCUUCCCAUCCUACCUCAACGGCAAACUCAGGUAUUACUACGGAGCUUCGCUAUCCGCUCCUCUGUUCGCAGCUGUCUUGACUCUUCUGAAUCAAGAACGUGCUACUGCUGGAAAGGGAUCUAUCGGAUUCAUCAACCCAGUUUUGUACCGUCAUGCUGAUGUCCUGAAUGAUGUUGUUGAUGGGACGAAUCUUGGGUGUGGUACGCAGGGGUUCCAUGCUGUUAAGGGAUGGGAUCCUGCUACGGGACUUGGGACCCCGAAUUAUCCUAAGAUGAGGGCGCUGUUUUUGUCGUUGCCAUAGAUGGAUUUUGAGUGGUGGGAGAGGAGAUGAGGUGAAUUUAGAUGGAUUUUGGCGGAUGAGAUGUGAAGUAUAAUGAGAAAUACCUCAGUAAAACUAACAAAAAAUUAUUUUAGACCUUCCAAGAGCUAUAUGAAGCGAAAUUUCUUUGUAAAGCGGAUACGGGAUAUCCGUGCUACUCAUCUAACCUGGCGUGUGGAGAGAUAACGCACAGCAACUCAGUACACAGCCCUAGCUUAGGCAAUUCCCUUGACCUUCAUGUAAUUAAAAUUAUAUCA